AGUUAGGUUAAGUAAAGCGAAAAUAUUCAGACAGCAGAAGAUAAGUUACUCCGUGAUGGCGUCUUUCCUUUGGUUGUAUAUUUCUGUAUAAAUUGAAGGAUACUAAUUAAUUACUUGGCUUUUGAGCUCAUUUAAAUAUUUUUUAUCAAGUUCUGAAGAAUGUUUUUAUUCUCAAGGUCCUUCUGAUACAAUAACAACUUGUACGAUGUGGCCGAGUGAUGGCGGUGGUGGGUAUUCCACCCAAUGGGCGUUGAAUCCAUCGGCCUACCAGAAUAUGUCCAAUGAUGAAGUUGAUUGGGCACAACUAGCUCAACAAUGGAUAAAAAUGAAGGAGACGUUUCCACCAGAGCACGUUCCGCCGGCUCCGCCCCCUCCCCCAAUAAAACCGGGGGACAGCGCAGACGUGGAGGGUGGGGAGGCACCUAUGGACAUGGACACCAAAGAUGAUGAGGGCACCAUCAUUCAAGCACCUCCGCCACCCAAUGUCUCCCAUGAUGGUGCCUCUUGGAACUCGUGGAACAAUUGGCAGCAGUGGGGAUGGAACUGGCAGGCGGCUGGGGCAGGGGCGACGGCGACACCUGGGGCGGCGGACGACAAGGGGGCGCCGUUUGUGUACAACACGGCCGGCGCCAACAUGACAGCACCCGCUGCGCCUCACAUAUCGGCCGCAGGCGACGCCUUGGGGGCCGACAUGCAUGUGCCUCCCGCCCCCUCCUUGGCUACAAUCACGCUGCAGUGCAACCCACCGAACAGUUCAACCAGCAUGGCUAUUGGGUUGGCGAUACAUCGACGCCCUAUGUGCGACACAAAGCAGGUUGGCGUGGCGACAAGUCGCUCAGAGGCAGUCGCGCACACGACGCCAAGUCUGACGAAGAGGAAGAAAUGGCUCCGGUUAUCGAUGCGGAAAAGAAAAACACUCCCGGCUUGGAUAAGGGAGGGCCUAGAAAAAAUGGAGAAAGAAAAACAGAAGAAACAAGAGCAAGAACGACUGUUGAAAGAAAAACAGAUGGAGAUGGAAAGGAGAAAAGAGAUGGAGGAACAAGCUCUACGAGAGGGAAAAAUACCACGCAGCAAAUUUGAUUCGGACUCUGAGGAAUCUGGGAAGGAAGACGGCAGUGAGGCGGAUCAGCAGACUCCGCGGCGAUCGAGGUUCGACCAACGAACGGCGGUGGCCAAAACCCCAGUCACCCCUGCCCCUCAGCCACCCCCACCUGCGCCGCCCCUCACCAAGGAGCAGAUCAUGCAGGAGACUAUGCUGAAAGUGCGUAAAAUCUUGACUGAGAUUCUGAUGUCUGUGACGACACAAGAGAUAAGGACUGUGGUAAAUGAAGAGUAUGCAAAUAUGCGCGCCAAAGCUCCAGCAACUCAGCUCCAGAAGACGCCCGCUUUCACUUCUUUAACUGGAAAACUUGGACUGGGGAUCUACAGCAGCGACUCGGAGGCGUCUCAGAGUGGUGAAGAGGACGAGAAUAGUGACAAGGAGAAACAGGACUCCGAUCAAGAACUCAGGGAAAGGAUAAACAAACGUAAGAAAGCGUUUGCAAACAUAGAGAAAAAGAUUCUGUCGCAAAUCGAGGAGCAAGAAGAACGCGAAAGAGAACAAUUGGAGCAGGAUGAUGAUAAUGAAGAAGAAGAGACAGAUGAUGAUGAGGAGGAUGAAGGAGAGGAGAAGAGUAGUCGUAGGAGAGAGGAGAAGCGUGGCAAAUCGUUGGAGAGGAAAGGAGGGAGUGAGACCAGGCCGAAGCUGAGAGUGGAGAUUGUGACGGGCGAGAAGCGAAAGAACGUUCCACAGGUAGACGCAAAUCUCGAAUCAGAAUAUGACGGUGCGGAAGCGAAGAAGGAUGGUGCAAGCACAAAUAACGAUAGGCACAGCAAGAAGGCUUCCAAGUCUUCAGCGGUGGUGGUUUCUGAUGAUGAUGAUGAUGAUGAUGACGAUGCUAGCAGCAGUUCCAGUUCGUCUUCAUCUUCUAGCAGCUCGAGCAGUCGAUCAAGUCGAUCGAGUCGGCGCCGAAAGAAACACGACAGCAAAAAGAAAAAGGACCGUAAAAAGAAACGAAAGCGUAGCCGGAGUAAAGAGAAGAAGAAGAGGAAGAAGAAGUCGAGAAGUAGGGAAAGGGAUAGAAGUAGGGAGCGGAGUAGAGAAAGAAUUAGAAGUAGGGAAAGAAGUAGGGAUAGAGAUAGAAGUAGGGAAAGAAGUAGAGAUAGAGAUAGAAGUAGGGAAAGAAGUAGAGAGUCGUACAGAGAAAGAGACAGACGAGAUCGUAGGAGAUCUGUGAGUAGGGAGAGUGAGCGCGAUAGAGAUAGGUAUCACAGGAAUUAUCGUAGCAAGCGAAGUCGGACGCCUCCGAAACAUAAAAAGUCUUCUUAUUAUUCGUCUUCAUCCUCAUCUCGAAAGCGCCGCCAUUCGAGUAGUUCGUCGGGGGGAUCGGGGCGUGCCAGUCGAUCCAGUUACCGGACUAGAGAUUGAAUUAAUGUAGCUGAGUACCAUAUUGAUCAUUGCUGGCUUCAUUCAAAUCGAUUUGCAAUCAUUGGAGACGUUACAAACACAACUCAUUUAUAUCCGAAUUCCCCCACAGUGAUGUUAGGUUUAGCUCUUAGUAUCUAGAAUCUGAUCACCUUUUCAGCAAUAUGUAACAAUUGCUCCUAAAUAAUAUUUUAUCCGUCUGUAAAAAAUAGUUAUCCCCAAAUGCUGUGAUAGCUGUUUCUCUUGUUUGAAUAAUUUGUUGAACGCUGAUCAUUUAUCUUUGAAAUAUUUAUCAACUGUGUAGCUAGAUUGAAUUAUACACAACUUGCCGUUCUUGAAUUCUCUUCCAUCGAACGUGAUAGGCCUUGUUGCUGCUCUAUGAAAUGAUAUUCCAUGAUAUUAUAAUAAAGCUAUUAAUUGAAAUUAUAACAUUUUCCUUCUAGAUUUUAAUUUAAAUUUUCUCAAAGGUGCUAAUCGCUGUGAGAGGAAUGUAUCAAACGUUUAUCAGCUAGCUCGAACGAUAUUCAUACGAAAGAAGCCUAGUGUCAUCAUAUAUUUUCUCAAUAUUUAUGUCUAUUUUUGUUUAAUUUCAUCAUUUUUAGUCCUGUCCUUUCUUGAUUGUAAACCCAAUAAUAACUGGUUGUCAGCCGAUGAACUUUUGGCACUCUCCUCUCAAGCGUUGACGCAUCUUGAAAUUGAUUGAUAUUAGUUGGGUGUUUAGUACAUUUUUAAUCACGAUAUUCUGUUAAAAUAUUUUAUGUUUUAUUUUUAAAACAUAUUUAAGGGCUCAGAGGAAUAACGCACAUAGUCCAAAAUUUUCAAAAUUGAGAUUUUCAUUGCAACAGUUGGCUAUCAUUCUGUACUAUUGCCAUGCGAAAUAAUACAGAGAUAUAUUGAACAUAGUCCUAGAUAUAAGCAGAAGAAGUACGGUAAUAGCAUACAGAGUAGUAACGCACAAAGUCCAUGGCUUGACAUGUAAUAACGAACAAGAUCAGAGGAAAAAUUAACAGAGUCCAUGUAGCAUUUUCUUCAAAAAUUCUCCUGUAAAAUUUGCUUUUUGUGACUAUGUGUAUUAUUUCUCUGAGCCCUUCAUUUAUUUAUUAAAAUAUGUUUAUUUUCAAGCUUUUUAGUCCAAUACCUGUAAUAGGAAUGAGUGAACCGUUCAUUAAUAAUGUGAAUAAUAUUAUGUAUAUUGUAAUGCUCAUUUCUUUCAACCGUACGUUUGCUUUGCAUUAGACAAGAAAAUUUAUUUGAUAAAAAUGUGGAAUAAUCCCAAAUAUUCAUUAUGAAUUGAUACAUGAGUUAUGCAUAUAUUUUGUUAGAAACGUUCUAAUGUUCACCUCCUUCUUUUACACAACGUUCAACCACAGUAUACAUACAGUAUGGAAACUUGGCUAGUACCCUGUCGCAAAAAUCCGCCAUCUUGUUAGGAAGUGCCGCAUUGUAAUAGUAUCGAUGGUAGGUUCGGAUCACUUUAAUGAUCCGGAUCAAUUGAUCUUGUUCACUGCCACGAGCCAAUCAGAAGACCAGGAUUGGAACUUCCCAAGGUCACGUGACGUGUCUGGUAUUUGCGCCAGAUACUGUCUGUCUGGUAUUUGCGCGGUAGAUAGGCGUUUUAUUGACAGUUUCCAUUCUGUACCUAUUCUGUUGUUCUACCAUGAGCUGUCAAGUUAUCUAAAAACUAUCAAUAUUAUCCGAUAUUGUAUUGGAUCAGAAAUUUCACCUAUCAAUGAAUAUCAACAAAUCUAUUCAUUAACCUUUAUUAAUAAAUUAACCUUGAUUUUGUUAUUUUAUUUUUUUCAUGAACAAAAGCAAUGUUUUGGCUGUUAUUAACUCAACCGUGCAUAACUCCAUUUGUGGAUAGGUCAUUACGAAGUGAAUUAACGCUUAAUUUCAAUACAUAACUUCAUUUGUGGAUAGGGCAUUCCGGAGUGAAUUAACGCUUAAUUUCAAGUUGAUCAAAACUUAUUGGAUCAUUAGUUUUGUUUAUUAUGAAGUGCUAGGUUUGUUCGUGGGUAAUUUGUGGGAUGAUCAUGGAAGUUGAAGGACUUGAGUUUCUACGUUGGUUCUAAAACACAACUGCUAUUGAGGCAUAUCUCAUGAGAUUGAUGCUAACCGCUGGGUCAUUCAUUGAUUCAUAUCCCUCAACCGUAUUCAUAAAACGAUACAAAGCUACAUUUAUUUAUUAUAGUUUUAGUGGAUAUUACGUUAUUUAAAAAUUGUUUUACCAAAACCAAAAAAAAAA